GUUUAUACUACUUUAAUUAAGACAGUAAAAAGUAAUAUUUUGAUUAUUUGUAAUUGGGAAUGUAUAUACCAUUGUAGUAAAUUACUUUUUCUGAAUAAAAAAAAACUGAUUUAAAUCUAAGUAUUAUCAUAUACGAAAAAGAAAAUUAUGAAUAAAGGGACAAUUCUAGUCAUUAUAUCAUUGUAUAUUAUUUUCAUUCUAAUUGUACAAAGUAUUAAUGAUGUUCCAUUACGUGUAGACAUUGUAGAAGAAAGUCCAACUGGAAGUAUAAUACCUGGAAUAGCUGAAUAUUUACAACAAUUAAUAUCUCGUGAACAAAUAAAAGGUUUAACACAAACAACAACAUUUCAAUUGAUUAAUGAUGGUACAUUUUCAAAUUUAUUCAGUUUAGAUCCAAAUACAGGUCGAUUAAUUGUUAGUGGACGCAUUGAUCGGGAAGCUUUAUGUUCAUCAUGGGAUAAUAAUGCCGGUACUAGUGCUUCUGUUGGAAUUAAUAGUAAUAUUAAUGAUAUCGUUGCAACACAAAGAAAUUCAAAUUUAAUGAAUGGAAAUGAAUUUCCGAAUUCUCCAACAAAUGAAUGUUUGCAAGCUUUAAACAUAUUAAUUAUCUCAAGAACUAAUCAGGAAUCAUCCCAUUUGACUACUGGAACUGGCGAAAAACAUGCUGAGACACCGGUUAAAACGACAAGGAUAUUAAUACAUGUAAUAAUACACGAUAUUAAUGAUAAUGCACCUAGAUGGCAUGAAAACAGUCUUCUACAUGUAAGCUUUGUUGAAACACCCUCAUCAUCAAAUAACAAUGGAUGGAAUACUGUUCAGACAGUUCUACGACCUAUCAAUGAAAAUGAUGCAAUUAGAAAUGCAAAAUCAAUUGAUCGUGCUUAUGAUCCAGAUAUGGGUCAGAACGGUACAAUUGUUUAUCGUUUAAUUGGCCCAGGUGCAGAUUAUUUUCGAUUAGCAGAUAAUUUUAACAGAAAAACAAAUCAUGACAAUAAUGAUCAAUAUCAUAGUCAAUCAAAUACUGAUUUACUGAUUCAUCGAAAAAGCGAUUUAGGAUUGGAUUUAUAUAAUAUCAAUAAUAAUCAUUUAAACCCUAUGACCGGUACACAUGAAACAUCAUUACAAAUUUGGCCUAUAUUACCUCUGGACAGAGAAACAAAGGAUUUUGCUGGACAAGGAGGUGUUUACAAUUUAACUUUGUUAGCAAGUGAUUUAGGUAAUCCUCCGAAAAGUACAAGUAUACCACUUUUAAUCACUUUAAUCGAUGUCAAUGAUCAUAUACCACAAUUUCAUAAUCCAAUUAAUCAAUAUGAAGUAAAUAGCCAUUUGAAUUCAAAUAAUAAUAAUAAUAAUCUCGAAUCAAAUUACGUAAUCUAUAGACCACUGAAUGGUAAUUUACGUGAAACAUUACCUAUAGGUAGUUUUGUAUUACAAUUAAAUGCGUCCGAUCAAGAUGACGGAUUACAUUCAAAGCUAGUGUAUGGAUUUUGUCCAUGUGAUCGUAAUUUAGCACAGAAUUAUUUUAAGAUAGAUUCUAUCACAGGACGUAUUACUGUGGGUCAUUCAUUGGAUUAUGAUAAUGGACCGAGACAAUUUCGAUUUAAAGUAAUAGCUAAGGACAGUGCACCAGAACCAUACACAUUAACGGGUACAGCUAUUGUUGAAAUAAUGCUUGCUGACGAAAAUGAUGAAACUCCACAGAUAAAUGUUAUGCUGUUACAGUCGAAUUCCCCUCAUGAUUCUUCACCGUCAAGUCACUAUUCAUUUCAGUCGAAUAAAAUUAAACAAAACUCAGAUGGUGCGAAACUGUUGCGUGAAUUUACAACAACGAUAAAUGAGAACCCUCAGCCGGAGACAGUAAUUGCUUAUGUUCAGGUAUUUGACCCCGAUCAUCAUGGACAAGAUCAUAUUCACUGUCGUUUGGGUCCGACAGAUAACUUCACGUUACAGUAUGAUCCAUCUUCAUCACCAACAUCAUUGACAUCUGUAUCAUCAACGUUGACUUCAACAGGAAGCAGUUCAUUGUUAUAUCCAACAAAACGCAAUCCUUUAUAUGAGAACUCAUUACAACGAUCACUGACAAAUACAGUGCAAAAUAAACAAGAUUAUCGUUUAAUAACUGGAACACGGUUAACAGAUCUAUCAUCUCCAUAUUCACGUUUAGACCGUGAAGUAACUCCAACACAAACAAUCACUUUAACAUGUACAGAUAGUGUAGAUAAUUCAGCUUAUGUAAUAAUUAAUGUACACUUAUCUGAUUUGAAUGAUAAUCCACCAGAAUUUGUAAAUAAUGGUCACUUUGUAUUUCAAAUACCUGAAAAUCAAGAAUUACCUGGUAAUAAACCAAUUUGGCUUGGACGUACAAUUGCAGUAGAUAAUGACCAAGGUGUAAAUUCUUUACUUACUUAUCGUUUAGAAAAUGAUGAACAUACAGUAAAUAGAUACGAAAAUAAAGAGUAUAGUAUUACUGAUAGUGACAAUAUCCCACAGAUUAUUAAUAACAUUAAUCAUAUGUUUGAAUUAAAUCCACAAACAGGUGAUUUAUAUGUUAAAACUGUAUUUGAUCGAGAAACAGCACCAAAUGAUGGAGUGUAUCGAUUGAAGGUAUUAUGUAUUGAUAAUGGUGAACCAUCAUUAACUGGAACAGCUCAAGUUGAAGUUUUCAUUUUAGAUGAAAACGACUGGCCUCCACAAUUCACACGUGAAGUGUACACAUUCAGCGUACCGGAGAAUAUGAGAAUUCAUGAAAUAGUUGGUGAAGUUGAAGCUAUAGAUCGUGACGCAGAUAGUAAAGGGAAAAUAACUUAUCAGUUGGUUACACAUUCCUAUCAACCGGUAAAUGAAAUAUCUGACUGGGCAUUAUCAUCGUCAAACCAAUAUACUUCACGUAGAUUACAUUCACGUGCACCUGAAAACAAAUCAAUUGUAAACGAUAGAAUAUCAUCAGCAGUAGAAAACACUGAGUCAAAUAUUUCUUCAAAUGGUGAACUGACUAAAGAUAAGCAAUGGAAUAAAACAGGUAAACAGUCUCUUGAAAUAAUGGAUGAAUUAAAAAAGACAAUGAUUUCAAACUUAACAAAUGAAUUGUCAAGAAAUGAUAUAAAACCAUUUAAACAAAUUAAUUAUUCACAUUCGGAAAAAUCACUAACUUUAUUAAAUUAUUUUGCAGUUGAUCGUUUAACUGGUAAAAUACGUCUUAUACGUGCAUUGGAUCGUGAAUCAGUAGCAUUUUUCACCAUAGAAAUUGUCGCCAUUGAUUCUGCUCCAGUUUCACCGAUUAUAUCAUUACGUCAGAUAAACAGUAUGAUGUCCACAUCAAAGUUAAAUAAUGGUAAUAAUAAUUUCACAUUUAAAAAUGCAUACAACACACCUGUGCAUAAAUCGUUAUCAUCUACUGCUACAGUUGUAAUCGCUGUUACCGAUAUCAAUGAUAAUCCUCCAAUAUUUCGUCGACCAAAUACAUCAACCGCUAUUCAGCUUAGUUUGCAUGAAACACUAGGCAGACAAUUGCUUACAAUGGAGGCAACUGAUGCAGAUGAAGGAGAAAAUGCUCGUAUCACUUAUCAAAUACGAUCAGAAGUCCCUAGACCACCUGGUGGCUCAGGAACUGGACAUUUUGCUAUUGAUGAAUCAAGUGGAAUGCUAUUCAUAGCCAGACCUCUGAACAACACAACUACGCAUCGAUUUGUCGUUGAAGCAUGUGACAGUGGAGCUGGUUCAUCCAAACGCUGUACAUUAUCUCCAACUAUACGUAUAAACGUAUUUGAUGGUUUAAACGAACCAAUAUCAAAUUCCAAUGGUGAUCUACUUGUUUAUCAAACUGGAACAGCAACGAAUAAUGAUAAUUUUCAUCAAAAUCACAGACAAUCAGAUUUAUCAUUUGAUUUAGAUGAAUUAACUGUUGGCUCCGUUAUGGCUGUACAAAAUGGACGACGAAAUGAAAUUGUUGUUGUUUGUUUGGUUGUGAUAUUUAGUAUAUUAUUGAUGGCAACAAUUUUGUUGGUCAUAUGUUUAAUACAUAGACGUGGUUUAAGUGCACGUCAAUGGAUUGUUAAUCGUUCUGAAAAUCUGACAUCAGAUAAACAAGAUUAUAAAAAAGAUCAAAAUACUAUUAAUAAAGCGGUUAAUCGAUCGAAUAUUGACCUAUGGAUGGAAAACCAAUUACCAAAUGAACAGGGAGAAUUGAGAAAUGAUAUGAAACUUGAAUCAAAAUCUCAUCUGCAAUAUGGAGUAAGUUAAAAAAAAUAUUUGUCAGUUUAUUUCUUAUCUGUUUAAAGGAGACCUUGUAUAUAAAUUAGAUUUUUGAUCAGAUACGGGGUAGAGAUAUCUACAUCGCCUUAUAUAUCUAUUGAGAACAUUGUUUUCCAAACAAUUUUCUGAGGUAUCUAGUAACGUAGUUUUCUCUAUCUUACAUUUAUGUCGUCACCUUAUUUUGAAAUUAAUUCACUUAGUAAUAUUCAAGAGGCCGCUUACGUAAUCUGUGAUUGAGUUUUUAUGGCAAUUAUAGUAGUCGGUGGCAAAUAGAAUCAAUUUCCAUGGAUGUGUUUCCCUGAAUUAAAUCACCAAAAUCUAUUACCUUACUUUGAACUACCUUUUCUGGUUACUGUAUCAGCCUAAAUGUGGUUUACCAUCAACAUGGAGCUGAAUGAGGAUCCUCAUGAAGAAACAAAUUGUAUUGCAGUAUCUACAAGAUGACGAAUAUCCCAAUCGAUGGUAAUAUUCAAACUUAUACUGGUCAUGAGGAAUUGGGUUCUCCAACACGUAUUCUAACUAAUAAUGCUUUAUUAAGUUAUCAUCAACCAACUAUCAUAUCUCCUCUUAUUUCGGAUCUUCAACAACCUCACCAUCAACAUAGUCAUUCUUUGUUAAAUCAAAUGGAUCACGCCACAAUAAGUAUGAAUAAUAAUAGUAACACGUUUUCUCCAAGUCGUCUACAUUUACUUUCUAAUACAUCCAUGGGAAUUAGUCCUUGUGGUAUAUAUAAUAAACGGGACUCAAGUAUACCACAUGUUUUAAGUAAUUCAGAAGUUAAUCAAUUACUAACACAAUCCUCAUAUAGACCAGCAUCACCGGAUUAUCAAAGUUUAGAUGCAAUUUGGUGUCAUCAAAAUAAAUUUUCGUCAGGUACAAUGAAUCACAUACAUCGUCCUCAUAAUACUAAUACUAAUAAUGGUAACAAUCAUAAUAAUAAUUCACAACUUAGCCCUAUUAACAAUACUUCUACCAGCAUUAAUCAUCAAACAGAUCGUAUACAAGGAAAUAAUCGAAAAUUAUUACCAACUCAUUAUUCAUUAGGUAAUCCUGACAAUAAUGUCAAUUCACAAUUUAAUAAUGCACAACCAAUGAUGAUGUCAAAUGAUUUUACAGAAUCAUCAUUAAUAACAACACCACAUGGUUCAAACAUUAAUUCAUUUUCACCGCAUGCAUAUUAUGAAAUAGCUACACCAUCAGAAACAUGGCAUAGAAGAUGUUUACCACUAUUUAUUCCUAAUGGAGAUCAUCAUAGAAUACUUGAUAGCAAUAAUAAUACUAAUAAUGAGACACAUGUUAAUUUACAUGCACAAAAUUUAUCGCAUUCAACUAAUAAUCAUUUUAACACACAGCAUUCCAGCAACAAUAGUAGUCGACAGCAAACUCAACAAAGAUUGACCGAACUCAAUAGUCGUUCAUAUAAUCAUAUAGCUACUUUAGGUAGACCAGCUAGUGGAAAAGGACGUAGACGACUGGGUACAUCGACAACAGUUAAUAAUAAUAAUAAUUGUGACGAUAGUAUGUAUAAUUUACAAGCCGGUGAAUUAGCUAUACAUUCAGUUAAACGUUCAAUGCAAAAUCACAAUAGACAAAACGAACAAUAUAGAAUUAAAUCAAAUGAUAAGUUAUUGAAAUCACAAAAUAUCAACUUGACUAGUGAUAAUAAUGACAAUAUUAGUAAAAUAGUGAAUAAUAAUGUUUAUCAUGAUGGUGAUAAUAUUGAUGUCAGUACUGUUGCUAACCAUACAAACAAUAAUAACGGUAAUAUUGAUGAACAAGAUACCAAGAAGUCAAAAGAUGGUCAAUUAUCCGAACAGAAAGCAAAUGUACAACAUUUUACAUACCAAGCAUUUCGGGAAGGAACAUUCGUCUAAUAAUAAUAAUAAUAAUAAUAA